AAGUUGUGGCAACAGUUUUAGCAUACUUAAAAAUUUCAAUCAAGCGUUACGUUGACGUUGUCUCUAUGACGAUAAUUCACACUUUUAUUGAUAAAUUUAGUGACCACGUUGAAGAAAAACUAAUGGAAGUUUUUAUUCAUGAUAAAGAUGGAUCAUUCGAUGAUUUAAUUAGGGAAGAUGAUGGUACGAAGUAUCAAAGAGAGAGAUUGUUAAAUCGUGAAAGGCUUUUAAGAGAGGUGUUGGAUAAGCUUGUUAACUUUG